UAUCACGUGACGUACGAAACAGCGAUGACCUCUCCUGCUAGCCAACGCUAGCUAGCCGGGGAAUAACAUUCACGCAAAUAUUUCCACACGUUCAACAACAUUUCAACAAUGGGCCAGACGAAACAAGAGGAAGAUUAUGGAUAUGACUUAUUUCCGGAGAGGAACCCUGGGACUUUAAAUAAGAGAUCCGUCCCACGUCUUUACUCUUGGUACCAUAAGUGUCAGCUCAUGUUAAAAUUAGCGGUGGAAACUAGUGAUGUGCUUCACUCAGGUCCAUAUGCCAAACUCCUCCUCAGUGCCAUGAAGAAUUCUGGCUGUAAAGUGCGUCCAGACCGCCAUUUUUCCUGUGAAGAUUGCGAUGGGACAGUCAGUGGAGGAUUUGAUGCAGCGACGUCCCAAAUUGUUUUGUGUCAGAACAACAUCCACAAGCAGUCCCACAUGAACCGAGUGGUCACGCACGAGCUCAUCCACGCUUUUGACCACUGCCGGGCUCACGUGGACUGGUUCAACAAUUUCAGACAUCUAGCGUGUUCUGAGAUCCGGGCAGCUAACCUCAGUGGAGAUUGCUCCUUCUCCAAUGAAAUGUCAAGAUUCCACUUUGGCAUGAAGCAGCAUCAUCAGGAGUGCGUCCGAAGCCGCGCCCUUCGCUCCAUCCUGGCCGUGAGGAAAAUCAGCCAAGAGGAGGCGGAGAAAAUAGUCGACGAGGUCUUCGACACGUGUUUCAACGACCACGCCCCCUUCGGACGGAUCCCACACACCAAGAAAGACGCUAAGUUUGCCAACAGAGAUUAUGAGAACAGAAGUCGAUACUAUGCAAACCUUUAGUGUCAGACACAAGUCCUCCUCAAAAUGAUCUCCUUUCAAGAAGGGACUGUCAGGAUGUGAUUUGUCCUUGGAACACAUUUUGGACUUUAAUUCUGUACAAAUGGAUCAUAAGUAGUGAUUGUUUUGAAAGUCAAAUACCAGACAGUUUUUUUUUAAUGUUGUGUCCUUUUUGUCAACCCUAUUUCCUGUAAAUACGGCUGAUUAAAUUAAAAUGGUGAAUUAAAUCCCUCUAAACAGUAUGACUUCUUCAAAGUCAAUUCGAGGACACAUUAAACGCCACUAACCCUUUUAAAGAAGUUUGCAAAUGAACACGAAAAGUUGUUGCUCAACAUGGCCGCCAACUUUGUUCACCUUUGCAACAUGUCAUUGCUGACAUCUUUAAUGGACGCUAGCGUUUAAAGAAUCUUGUAUCCUUUCACAGAGACUAAUGAGCUGGGAGAAGUUAUGAAGGAAUUAGCUCCGUAAUCCCCCAUGAUCUUCUUCUUCUGCUUACCACUAUCUCAAUGACAACACACCCUGCAUCAUAAUCACACUGUCACGCGCUGUCGAAAUAGGCCCCCUUAUCUAAAAUGCAAAAUGAUUAGGUUUUGAAAGCUCAUAAGAGAGAAAAUGACAACAAGCUUCUCAAGAAAAUAAAAAGAACAUAAGGAAGAAACAAAAGGAAAAGAAUAUUUGGAUUUGCCUGACACAAGUCGACUAAACAAAUCAUGCAAAACAACAGAAUUACUAUGGAAUCACAUGCGAGCUAAUAAAUUGGAUUAGCGUGUUAUUUAAUUGUAUUUACUGUAUUCAAACAAUGCCCAUUUAAACAGAAAUACUUGGAUCGGUCUUAUAGCUGUAGUACCUAUGUGGCCCUCUGGAUGGCACUUUUGCGCCACUACUUCUGGUCUUCUUUUUAAAACUUGACAAGAAUGCUGUUCCUCUUACUGAUGAUGAUGAUGAUGCGUACAAGUGAUUCUGUCUCUUGGAGUCCUGCUAUUGACGUGGUGCUGAGGAGACGCCCACUAUUCCUCCUAGUUAACUUCUUCAGCCCUGGAUAGAUCUCAAAACAAAACAAUCCAAAUUAGAUUUUGCAUGUCAAGGUCUACACAGAUGUUGCUGGCCCGGUAAUUAGGAGAUUUUUAUGGAUUGGUGUACUGUAUGUGGCAUUGUACGUAUAUAUUUCUUGCCACCGUGCAAGUAAUAACGAAAUUUAGACUUAAAUUUACACUUUUUGCACUGUUUUGGCUUUAUUUAUUACCGCUUGUAAUUUAUAUACUAUCGCAAUAUAGCCAGAGCCUCGUUGUCCCCAGUAUCGGGGUACGUAUUUUUAUGGCAUUUAUGGGGAUUGCGGGGUUAUUCAGUAGACAACACCCAUUGUGAUCUAAUUAGGAUGCACUGCAUCACUAACACAGUACAGGCCCAAGAGCACUAAUGAAUUCAUCACAUUAAUUAAACUACUACCACAUUUAACUGUGUGAGGAUACAGGUGUCUGGUCUCAGUGGGGUAAUCAAGUGAAGCGUGUUCAAUUAUUUAGCUAGGGAUGUGACAAGGAUGAAUAUACAGUGGUGUGAAAAAGUAUGUGCCCCCUUCCUGAUUUGUGAUUUUUUUUUUUUUGCAUGUUUGUCACACUUAAAUGUUUCAGAUCAUCAAACUCAUUUAAAUAUUAGUCAACCACAACACACAAUGACACUUUUUAUUAUUAAGGGAGAAUAAAAAUCCAAACCUACAUGGUCCUGUGUGGAAAAGUGAUUGCCCCCCACUGUUGAAACAUAUCUUAACUGAGAUUAAUUGAGAUCUAUCAAUCUGGAAAAGGUUAUAAAGCCAUUUCUAAGGCUUUGGGACUCCAGCGAACCACAAUGAGAGCCAUUAUCCACAAAUGGCAAAAAAAAAAUGGAACGGUGGUAAACCUUCCCAGGAACCAAAAUGACCCCAAGAGCGCAGCGACGACUCAUCCAAGAGGUCACAAAAGACCCCACAACAACAGCCAAAGAACUGCACUCAACUCACUUGCCUCAGUUAAGGUCAGUGUUCAUGACUCCACCAUAAGAAAGACACUGGGCAAAAACGGCCUGCAUGGCAGAGUUCCAAGACCAAAACCCCUGCUGAACAAAAAGAACGUCAAGGCUCGUCUCAAUUUUGCCGAAAAACAUUUUCACGAUCUUUUGGAAGGUGUGUGUCCCAUUACAUCUGGCGUAAAAGUAAUGCCACAUUUCAGAAAAAGAACAUCAUACCAACAGUGAAAUAUGGUGGUGGUAGUGUGAUGGUCUGGGGCUGUUUUGCUGUUAGAGGCUGUUAGACGUCAGGCAAUCACUUUUUCACUCAAGGCCACGUAGGUUUGGAUUUUUUUUUCACCCUUAAUAAUAAAAAGUUUCACUUAAAAACUGCAUUUUGUAUGCAGUUGUGUUGUCAUAGACUAUGUUUGUUUGAUGAUGUGAAACAUUUAAGUAACAUGUGACAAACAUGCAAAAGUAUAAGAAAUCAGGAAGGGAGCAAACACUUUUUCACACCAUUGUAUAAGGCCAUUUAAAUUUCAAUGAUGGUUGCUUUCUUGUAUGCCUGCAGCAUGUGGUGUCCCACAAGGCUCAAAUCUAAGACCUUUUCUUUAAAAAAAAUCAUCCCAGCCCCCACAUUUUAAUGU